GAACACAUUACAACCACAACCACCAACGUCCAGUUACGGGAAACUCUACGAUUCCUAAAGUCCCCGCGAACGAAAGUCAACACAUACAUACGGUCAUCCUCAUACUACAGCAACGAUGGAUUACUCUGAUGCUUUCCGACUUGUCAAUUUGGCAGUAGGUGUUUUUAUGGUUCUUGGUGGAAUUUCCCAAUUCUUCCCCUUGGGCUUCCAAUCUAUCAUCAUUGGAUGUUAUGUGAUCAUCUUUGGAAUCUGCACCGCUCUUCUUGAAUUCCAAAUUCCACCACAAGUCUCGCGCUACGCAUCCUUCCUCUUUUCCUUCGUCGGACGAGGAAUCUUCUACGUAUUCGUCGGAUCCAUUCUCUUACACGACCACGUCUUGCGCAUCAUUGCCGGGUCCUUGAUUGGCAUAAUCGGCCUUAUUUACAUUGGCCUCGAGUUUGUUCCAUCUAUCGAGCCACCUGCGAACAUGAGAGAAGCAGAUGGAGGAUGGGGCGCCGAACAAGUCUAAUCGCAUCGCACAGCUUCACCUUCCUUCGAGUUCCAAGCCUCUCCACCUGCGAUCACUCAACUCAAACAAGAUAUCAUCGAUAUCUCCUACGAUACGCACAACACAAUACCGCAUCUACCCUUUCCCUCGUAAAUGCUACCUUGGCAAUCAUCUAUUUAUUGGUACUAAAGACGCGAGUUUUCAGAAAACAGCCUUGUAUUACAUAUCAUAUUAUCUCUCAUUCAUCGAAUCACGGAUCCGAAUUAGCUAUAGAAUGGACGGUGACUUGUCGAAACAUCUCCUUACUAUUCCUCGCGUGUGUAUGUAUGUACGUCAGCCAGUCUUCAAUAAAAGCAAGAUACCACAUUCA